AUGACACCUUGGCAGAUUCUUCAGGCGAGCAAAGCCUCGCGGGCGGCUCUGGGUUCCCCCGCUCAUCAUGGACACACGGCCGCGGUGCAGUACAGCAUCGCUGAGGCAGCCCCAGACGGCAGCAGGACUUUCUGCGUGUCCACAGACAGACUCACCAUGCAGGAGCUGAACGGCAGACUGGCAUCGUACCUGCAGCAGGUGCAAUGUCUGGAGGCGGCCAAUCAGCAGCUCGAGUGUCAGAUCCUGCAGGAGCUGGACAGGAAGUGUCCCGCAGACCUCACAGAGCUGGACGGACACCUGCAGACGGUGUCGCAGCUGCAGGACCAGAUCAGUGAGUGUCUCUCGGUUCAGGCUGAGCUGAAGCUGCUGCUGCUCAAUGAGGAGCUUCACGCCUGCAACUUCAAAGUCCGGUGGGAGAGUGAGCAGGAGAAUCGUGGGCGUCUGGAGGCGGAGCUUCAGAAGCUGAGGCUGCAGGGGGAGGGGCUACUGACACAGGAAGUACCAGAGCUCCAGGAACUACACGAAAGUCAAAGACAGCAGAUGAUGGAGCUGCAGAUCCAACACCAGCAGAAUGUACAGGGUCUCCUGGACCAGGUGACAAGGGGCAUCAACGUGCAGAUGCAGCUCAUCCAAUCAGCAGACCUGAACCAGCAGCUGAACAACCGCAGACACACGAACGCCACGAUGUUCGACCACAACCAGGACGAGUGCUGGUUCAACGAUCAGGAGCCGACGGUGACCUUUGACCCUCCAGAGGUGUCCGAGGACGUUAUGAUCGGCCUGAAUCAGCUGAGAACAACAGCAGCGAGUUUGGAGGAAGAGCUGAUGCUACUGCAGGCUGAGAACAUGCAGCUGGAGAGCUGUGAGCAGCAGCAGAUGGACUCCUUCGUCCAGCAGCUGGAGUUCCUGCAGAAGAGAGCAGACAGUCUAAGCAGUGAUCUGGACUCAGCGAUGCAGGUUAUAGCUCAGCAGGCUGCAAAUCAUCAGGACCUGCUGGAUGUCAAGAUCCAGCUGGAGAACGAGAUACAGAACUACCGGAUGCUGCUGGAAGGACGAGGCUGCCAGUGGUAA